AUGCUUUCAAGACGCUGUCAGCGACGAACGGAAACAAUAAUCCCCUCAUUGUUGAAGCAGCAUGGUGCUAUUCUGACUGGGGGCCAUGAAAUUAUUGACCUCAGUAACGCCGAAAACUGUCUGCUACAGGAGAACGUGAGGCUCAAGGUGAACGGACAUGUUGAGAACAUAACCGCUGCAGACUUAUCCUACUCAACAGGCAUCGGUGGAAGUCCCAAGGCACGACAACUCCUCGCCUCCGCUGUCAAUAAUCAUUUCAACCCAACAUGUGAGAUUUCCGAGAACAAUGUGGUGCUUACCGCCGGGGGAAGUUUUGCGCUUGAGACUCUCGUCGAGCAAAUCUGUGACCCUGGUGACGGAAUCCUCAUCGCAACCCCUUACUGGUCCGGGCUCAAUCUCUCGAUUCAAAUCCGCAGCGAUGCCACAGUCAUACCGGUCGAUGGGAUUCCACUAAACCAGUUCUUUGACCCUCAAAGUGUUAGAUAUUACGAGCUCGCACUUCGCGCCUCUUCUGUACCCGUGAAAGCAAUCCUCGUGUGCAAUCCGCACAAUCCGUUAGGGCAAUGUUAUCCGAAAGAAACGAUGACAGCGUUGCUGCAGUUCUGCCAGAGAAACAAUUUACAUUAUAUCUCUGACGAAGUUUAUGCUCUUUCUGUGCAUGCCCCAGAAGAGACAUAUAUGAAGGACGAACACCGACAUGAUCAAACGACCAUGCAUGCAUUUACAUCCAUACUAUCUGUGGGACCUCCUAACGAAACGGCUCAUGUCAUCUACAGCCUGAGCAAGGACUUUGGCUGUAGUGGCCUUCGAAUGGGAGCUUUAAUCACGUACAACCACGCCCUCCGCCUAAGUGGCGCAUUAACUGCCUACCAACAAGUAUCCAACAUCGCAGCCAGUUUUGCAGUCAGCCACCUCCUAUCCAAAGAGACCAUCGAGGUUGUGCGCACCGAAAACGGCAAACAACUUCUCAAAGCAUACCAAAACAUACGCAACAUGCUCCUCGACCGGGAGAUCCCCUUCAUCCAGGCAAAUGCUGGCAUGUUCGUAUUUGCGCGAUUAUGCACUUGUCGUGAUAUCGUUGCGGAAGGGAAAUUCAAUAAGCUCUUGCAGAAACAUUGCGUGUCGUUAGCAACGGGGACAAGCUAUCAUUUCAAGAAUGAGAUUGGAUGGUAUCGGAUAUGUUAUGCGGUCCCGGUUGAGGUAUUAAUGGAGGCCUUUACCAGGAUCGAUAGGUGCAUUUGCGAAUUUGAGGAGAUACAGGACGGCGGACUAGAGAAGAACAGGGGGGGUGUCGAUCAGGUUGAAAUACAGGCCUGA